AUGUCGACACUUCUUCCACUGACCCCGCGACGCGGUAUCCAACGAGUCUCUCACCUCCGCCAGGUGAGUAAUGGUAGCUCUGAAAAUGGGGCCGCAUCCGCAAGCAGACCAGUCACUUCGUGCUCAAGUACAGGAACUGUUCAGCACGAUCCGAUACCUCUAAAGCUUCCCGUUGAGAGGCGAUGCAACCUAUGGACGCAUGAUGAAACGUUCUCGAAAGAUGAAGUUGUUUUAAACCUAGACCUAUUUCCAGAUGUCAAGGCUGGGGAGCUUAUGGCUAUCGUAGCCCUCAAAACAGACUCGGGGUUUCGCGAUUUUCAGGACAAGUCGGCUUUAAAUAGAACAGAUGUUGAUAGUGGAACGGCUUCUGGGCAGUUUGGAAGCUACAUUUGGACUCAAUCUGGCCAUGACCAUCGUGGGAAAGGCUCUAAGCAUGAUACGGGCUUUGGUAAACGCUAUCUGUUUCUCGCAAAAGAUAUGCCAAAUGAUUUGAAGCUGAAGCAAUCCGCAUUGGAGGUUUCUCUUGCUAAGCCCAUCGCCGAUGUAUUUAAUUUGAAGCAUCGGUCCAAUGUGAUUCUUUGCACAACUGAUACAGCCACCAGCUCUGCAUCCCACGUUGAGAUGUCGUUCAAAGAUGAAUACCUUGCUCGAUCAGACAUGUGGAGAUUAACUGUGGCCGAAAUGGUCAACAAGGCUGUCUAUAAAGGGCAAAAGAUUUUGUUUAUGGGCACAAUCAAGGCACAAGUUACUGCUGUUUACAUUGGUGGCCGAAAGGUGCAGUCCGCAUUCUUUUCGACGAAUACCAAACCAGUCUUCCGGAGCGAGUCAGCGCGCUACGUGCUUUUUAUUCAGAUGUCGAGGGAGAUGUGGGAUUUUGACUCGGAAGGUUCAGGAGAAAUAAUGUUCAACAAAGUGGUAAAUGGCUUUUUACCAGCAUUGUUUAAGAAGUGGGUGCAGCUUAAAGUGAAGCAUUUAGUCAGCAUAGUGUUAUUUACAAGAGUCGAAUACGAUACUGGGUUGGCUUCAGAAUUAGCAAGAUCAUCACACGAUACCGCAUACCACACGGGUGUACAAACUGAUGGUAGUAAAAAGCCAUACAAAGAUUUUUAUCGAGUUGUUGUUAGUGAGAUGGCCAGUGGAGAGUGGACAACGAUUCUAUAUCAGUUGAAGCGCGAGUUUAAAUUUUUUCGCAAAGAUAUCUCCAUGCAUCGAAUCGAGUUAGUCACGGCUUUGGGGGCGCCGUCCUCAGCCACAAGUAAAGGCACUCUUGGGACCCGCAUCGAGGCGGAGCCCUCGCUUGCUAUGCAUGGGAACGUUCUCGAAGCAAUAGAUCUUGCUUCGACCCAGUUUGCGCAUGAUUAUAUCGAUCGGGACCUUGUUAGAACUGGGAUAUCUAUUGUUGUUGUAACUCCAUGUGCUGGGCUUUUUGAAGUAGACUACGAGACUCUCCGUAAAACCACGGAGAGCCUCAUCGGUAACGGCAUUGGAAUUGACCUUGUUUGUCUCCCGAAAAUGCCACUGCACUCUGUACCACUGUUUCGAUACCGAAACCCACGAUAUGCUCCAUUUCAAGAAGCAUUGCAUUUCAAAGCUCUUCGUAGCGAGGAUAGCACUCCGCGUCAAACAGCUCCCAUAUUUGGAAGCUAUUCAUCCUUGAACGGCUCGCUUUCUCCACCCAAGAUUCGUGAUAGAAGUUUUCAAAAUUCCUCUUCCAAUAGUGGACAGGACCCUAGUGAGUGGAACUAUGCAAUACCGCACUGGAUCGAUGUAUCUUUUUGGACUGGGGCGUCCCAAGAUCUGCUUUCUACAUAUCCUCUGGCCGAUUCGAAGCUGUUCAAGAAACGAGUAGCCGAGUCCUCUAGCGAUUUCGCGAUACGAUGUAAAAUGUAUGAAAUGGAAAUGGCUAGUGUCAUGGAGAAUGCGAUGACCGAGAUUGCCGUUCCGCCACUGCAACUAGACAUUGCCUUUCCCCAAAUGUUAAUCCAGGAAUCUCGUGAAACUGCGUGUACGAAAAAGCAUUCUUAUACCUGGGAACGCGCGAAGUUGCAGUCUAGCCUUUCAGAAUUUGUUAAUGGGCCAUCAAAACCUUUACUUGAUCGACAUGCCACACAAGUUGAGAAGCAAUUUGUGAAGGCACUUGAUAUAUACGACGUCAACCACUCUGAAACCCUGGAAAAUUUCAUCGGCCCGCGACAAAAAAGCCUAAAGUCGCCCUUUAAACCAGGAAGUGAGGAAACAGCGAGAAAGGUUCUUGCAAACGAUUCUAAAGUUUUUGGCACCUCUUUCACUGAUGAUAGUCCAACCUCAAGAAGCAUGAAUUUGCUCACUGGGGUGAAGCUCGACAGAGACAAGCAAAGCUUACAUAGGAAUGAUCCGGUAUUGCCGCGUAAAGGCAGUGUAAGUAGCACCAUGACUGCAGCCAAAGUUCCAGCUCCACGACCUACGAAAUUGAACCGCCAAAUAAGUCUAGGCAAGUACGGUUUUGGCAUCGCCGCGCCUAAGGGUGUCGCAGCUGAAUUACACACCGAAAAUGCUAGUGCAGCGAAACCAGUUUCUGCUUCGUCGAAAGAAUUUGAUCCAAAGAAGAAGAACACUUUCACCAUGGCGAAUCAUUUACUUAGCGCUCCAGUGAGCCAAGAUCGUCCACCGUCAUCAAACAGUGAUAAGUCAAGGAUGAAGUCCGACAGCAGUUCCAUUGAAAGCAAGCGAAGAAGCGAGCCGGACGUUGAGAGGAGUCCUUCGAUACGCCCUAUGACCAUCAAAAGCGCACUUCAGUCUUUAGAUUCGACAAACCAGUUCAAAUCUAAAUCUGUCUUGAGCUCCUUCUACGACGGGAUCAAGGGCACCGAAGAUGAGCAUAUGAAUGUGCAGCUGCUCAGAACUAAUGAUAGUCAAAAGGUGUAUAACUCAAAACUUCUCGCAGAAGCGGUCCCAGAACUACCAGCUACUUUAUCUCCUACUACUGCUUUAUCGCCAUGGCUAAGUGUGCUGAAUCCAUCCAAUCCAACAGAGAAUGACGCAAUGGGGAAAACGGUGUACAGAAGAUGGCAACAUGUCUUCCCUAAGCCAGUGCUCACUAGAACAAUGAAAUGGAAAUCUCUCUGUUCUCCCGCAUCUGUGCCAUUAACCACCGAAUCGUUUCCUACAAAGUUUCAACUUGAAACCGAAUAUCAGCAGAAGCCAUACAAUAUUUCACAAAAUUCCGAGGAUGAAAUUAGCGAAGAUUCAAGUAAUAGGGAAGACUUUUUGAGGGAGUUGAUUAGCUUGCGACUUUCCCAAGGGUUUCAGAUUGUCAUCGGUCCUGGGGUAGCCGAGGCAUUUGGACAAAAGUCUCUGAAGAUCGCGAAUGUUUUUGACCGUGAUCGUAUUGCUGAGGAUGGAGCCAGUGUAUUCAUGUCCAUGGGAAACAUAAUUCAUCAGUUAUCGUGCGUGAAUGGUACCGAAAUCGAAGUCAAUAUGUUCGUCCGAAAACCAACAGCUCUGACUACACCUAGCCAAGGAACGUUAAGCCCGUCUGGGUACUAUCCGGCCAUCCGAACUACUUUGAGCGAAACCUAUGAAUCGCGCAAAAUGACGUUGGGUCGAUCAAAGGAUGAAUAUAACUGGAAUUACGUAGACUCCUUCAUUGCGGGCUUUGAGGACGACAUGAACGAGCACCUCCGAUUCUGGCGUGCAAGGUUUGUGCUGAUUCCUGUGGUACGCCCAACUCAGUCUCGACGAGACCGCAUGAGAGGUGAGGAUAACGAAGAAGAAGUCCGACUAGAAGGUAUCAGGAAGCUCACUCAAAUGUGGCAAAGCCACAGAUACGUUCCACCAUCAGAGCGGCGUUUCCAUAGUCUUGCCUCCAGGAAAAUAAAAGAUUCAAAUCCACUUGACAUUGUGUAUAAGACGGAGGAUCCAUCCGUUGUUGUCAGCGCAGAACUCGAGACUUUACCCCUUGUGGAGACAAGUGAAAGUACAACUAGACGUGGGCACUUACUUGACACUGAUCGUUUUCGAAAAUCCAAACUUGAUGUUGCCGCCUUGGCAGAAGCUAUCCAAGCACCUGUGGAGAAGGGCGGUGUCCGUAUGCAGAAUCGCAGAUGGCAUUUUCGAUUGCAUUAUAAUUGUUUUAUCGGUUCCGAUAUGACGACAUGGUUACUUGAAAAUUUUGAGGACAUUGAAGAUCGUGAUCAGGCAGUUGAAUUGGGCAACUUUCUUAUGGUUGACGAGACACAGAGGUUGAAAGAGAGGGAAGUUGGUAAAGAUGCAGGCAUAUUUGUCCAUGUCGAAAAACGUCAUCCUUUCAGAGAUGGGCAGUAUUUCUACCAAGUUACUGGAGAAUUUGCCAAACAGAGACCGGAUAGUCGCAGUGGUUGGUUCGGCUCUCGACGCCGUGAAAACUCUGUGCCUUCGACUCCAAUGUCAGAUGCCAUGCCCAAAGACUCUCCUCGACCAGAUAGAGCAAGAUCUAGCUCUACGCAAGAUGAUAGUUCACAUGAGUCGGGUGUGCCAACUCCAACCACAUGUGGUGGCAAAAGGCCUAAGGUAUCUCUGAGUAAAGUUAUGAAGUAUGAUGUUGACCAUCGAAAACGCUCUUAUCGACCCGAACUCAUCAACCUUCACUAUGAUCGUCUUCAUAAUCCUGACAACUGUUACCACAUCCGAAUCGAUUGGCUCAAUGUCACCGCUAAGCUGAUCGAGGAUGCCAUACAUACGUGGGCAACAACAGCAGAACAACAUGGCCUACGAUUAGUCGAAGCACCAAUUGGCGAGGCAUGUUCCAUCGCUUCUGUUCAUCCAUUCAGGAGUCCCUACUUGAUCGAAUUGGCUUUGCAGCCUCCAGAUCAACAGCCCCGAACAUACUUUGACGUCAAUUCCUUUACUCCGCAAGCACAAACUACACAAUCUAAUCGACAUUAUUAUCAAAAAGCAAUCAUGAAGAAGUUCAAUUUUGUUCUUGAUAUUGAAGCUGCGAAGAAUUUUCCAAGCAAUAUUGAUGUGUCAUUCUCAUGGGGUCGACCGGAUUAUACCUAUACACAGUAUAUUCAUAGAUCUGGAGUAUUACUUGCACAAAUUACAGAUGAAGGCAAUUUCCUCCUAUUAGCGAACCGACUGUACAAUAAUAGGACAACAUCUGCCAGAGAUACAGAAAAAUACAUGAAAGUGGAUCAUGCUAGCGUCAAUCGCAUGGGACCCAGUCCAAUUGCAAACAAUCCAGGAAUCGCUGCAAAUACAUCCAGCCCCUUUCAAUCACCAAUCCUGCGUGCGGCUCAUGCCCCUUCUCCUCUUCUUCGUGCGACCCACCCCCUCUCCCCUUCAUUACGAGCGACAGCUGAUGUACUAGGCGCUUCCCUUCCCAAUUCAAAAUUAGCUAUCACCGGUGGAAUCAGUCCUGACACCAUCAAAGCCGAGCUCGAAGAAUUCUGUCACAAUAGCUGGAAACUAGAACUCUUCUACAAAGAAGUUUUUGAAAAAGUCACACCACCACAUGCGACGCCACCAACGCUCAGAAGUGCAUUCCCGGCUAUGCUUCUCGACUCGAAUAUUCCGACAUUGGGGUUACCGCCAGGGAUCUUGACAAGAGAUGGAAGGGAUAGUAGUCCGACACCAAUGAGAUUGGAGCGGGUGCCGGGAGUUGGGAGUAGCAUACCUGUACUUGGGAGGAGACCGAGUGUACAGAUGAGUAUUGCGACUAGUGCAAGUGACUUGUCCAGGCAGGAAAGUCCAAGGGGAAGUAUAGCUGAAGGUUAG